CGACUCGCGGCAUGGUCCCUCUUAUAUGGCUGAAGCCCAUGACGUGAUUGCCAAUUCAGCUUACACCUGUACCGAGGAUGGCACUGAGAUCUAUGACAUAAACGGAUUUCGCAUCCCCCAGGCAGCCGAUGGCCUGGUGAAGGUCACUCGUGUGGACAACAAGUGCUUGAUUCGCACCAGUCCCGGCAAUGGAUCGGCCACUUUGACAACACCUGGCAUCCAUUGCACUGCCUCUCUGGGCAAGACCUCGCAUCUGUUUGUUCGUCGCAAUGAGAAGCGCAUGCACUUCGAUGGAUCCUGUUUCAUUGUACGCAACGCCGGACACUCCGCCGGCUUCAAUGAGAACAACCUGCUCAUUGUCUACUGAGCGGCGUUCGUAGUCCGGAGAUAGAAACGGUGCAGUGGUAGCCCAUCCCACACGCACACACUCACACAUGUCAACACAUUUCACCUGGAACACAUACAUAGACACCUACAGCAGCACACUUGA